AUGGCUGGGUUAAAUGGUGUUGGUGAUCAAUCAGUCCGCAAUGUUUUUGAGGAGGAGGAAGACGAUGGACUGGAUAUUUCGGGUAUUGAAGAAGCGAGAAAUGAUGAGUAUAAAUGGUGUCUGGUGGGUAGGUUUUUGACUGAGAAGACGGUGAACUUAACAGCGGUAAAAACUGUCUUACCGCCCAUAUGGAAGCCGGUGAGAGGAGUAUGUAUCACAGAGGCAGGUCCGAAUCUGUUUUUGUUUCAGUUCUUCCAUGAAAUGGAUAUGAAGAGGGUUCUGGAAGAUGGUCCUUGGACGUUCGAGUUUCAUUUAUUUAUUUGCCGUCAAUUAGUGGUUGGAGAAUCGGUUGCUAACAUUCAACUAUGGGAUGCCGUUCUAUGGGUCCAUGUGAAUGAUAUCCCACUUGGUUUGGUUACAAAGAAACUUGGUGAGAAUGUGGGCAAUUAUCUGGGUAAGUUUAUUUGCCAUGAUAAUCGGAGAGUUAAGCCUAAUGAAAGUAGUUCGUUGCGUGUUAGGGUUAGCAUUGAUGUGAGAAAACCCUUAAAAAAGAAAAUGAAGUUCAAGCGGAGUGCUAAUACUUGGAGCUGGGUAGAACUCCAAUAUGAGAGGAUCCCUAUGUUUUGUUUCUACUGUGGCAUUAUGGGACAUUCUGAGAAGUUUUGUGAUAAAUAUUUUGAUAAUCCCAUCCCGAAAGAGGAAUUGCCUUACGGGGCAGAUAUGAGAUAUGUCAUGAAAAAAUCGCCGGUUUUAAUGGAGGAUAGAUGGUUGAGGAAUGCCGAUACAGCAGUGGUGGAGAGCGAGGUUGCUGAUGAUGAGGUGGCAGAUAUGGCAGAUUUGAAUGCGAAGAUGGUAACAAAUCUUAGCAUUGAAAAAUCAAAUAUGAUUUCUGAAUUUCAAAUUGGAGGGAUAAGGGGAAAGGAGGAUAAAGAGAAAGGAAUGUCCACUGAUUUAGUGGUUAGUGCUGUGACCAAAUCUUCAAAGGAAUAUUUGAAUUCCAAAAAGGUUAACUUAGCAAUUGAAUCAGGUGAUGAGGGAGCGAUGGAAUCAAAAAGGAAACGUCCAAAUCUGGACUAUAGCGUGGGAAAUAAUGUGAGUGGGCCAAGUUUUCAUGCAACGGACAUGAUUAUUGAUCCAAUUAGCUACAGACCGGCGGGCCUUGAUAAUAAGGCCGGCCCGAAGAAAUGA